AUGGGAUCACUUGGAGAACUGGGACCAUCAGAUCGCAGAGAAAGUCUCUGUCGUGAAGACCCUGGCAUCAAUCUGACCAGCGCACUAGCCAGCUAUGUUCAGCAUCUCGAACUAGAACGUGCCCAGUUGCCAUCGCUGAAGGCGCAGAGCUGUCAUGAUGUCGCAGUAAGGUCGAGCAUUGUCACGCUCUGCAAUAAGGUCAUCGCAAUGACCAUGGACCCGGAGAUGUAUCUCUUCACCACGUCCUUACAGUUUCACUUCUGCUCGUGCCUGAAAGUUGCUGUGGAUCUCAGAGUACACGAAUACAUUCCCCGAAAGGGAGCAAUCGCUGUCAAGCAAUUAGCCGGGGCCGUUGGCACCGAUGAGACACUGCUAAGGCGAAUUAUGCGGAUGCUGGUGAACAAGAGUAUAUUUGCCGAGUCAGAACCCGGGUACUAUGCUCACACCCCAGCGUCCCUGGUGAUCUGCUCGCCAAACAUGCCGGAUCUUCUCAGCCAUAGGCUGGAGGAUGGGUUCCGAGCUGCAAGCCGGCACGCCGAGGCACUGGCGAAGUUGCAAUAUCGGGAUCCGACCGCGGAUGAUAUUCUUGGGUUCCAACUUGCCUUCGCAACUGAAAAGAACUAUUGGGACUAUGUCGAGGAGGAUGACCCUGAAUGCGGGCAGCGGUUCUCCAAGGCGAUGCGGGCAGUGACAGUCAACAAGCUCGGUGAUGUUCCCAAGCUGUAUCCAUUUAACAAGAUUGUCGACGACGGUGGGUUAAUCGUUGAUGUCGGGGGCGGAAUGGGGCAGGUCGCACAGAGUAUUCUCACUCACUGGCCUGGACUUGGACUGAAAUGUAUUGUUCAAGACAAGUUUGCAUCCAAGAAUGGUAGCACGCAUCCCGACUUGGAGAUGCAGAGUUAUGACUUCUUCAGCCCACAACCGGUGAAAGGUAUGGCAACCCUCAAUGUCCCCAUAACUCCUUCAGAUGAUCGCGAUACUGAGACACCACGAUAUACAUCGCUAACCUCAUUGGUGUUAGGAGCUGCGGCAUAUCUCUUCCGUCAUAUAUUCCACGAUUGGCCUGACGAUGCCUGCAUAAAGAUCUUGAAGAACACCGCGGAAGCAAUCAACCCGCAGCGGAGCCGGAUACUAAUCUGCGAUCAGAUCAUGGAGGAGGAAAAUCCUUCCACAGCAGCUGUGCUUUACGAUAUCGAUAUGAUGUGUUUGUAUGGCGGCAAGGAGAGGACCUUAUCGGAAUGGAAGGCAAUGUUGAAGGCUGCGGACCAGAGACUGGAAAUCAAGAACGUGUUCAGGAGCCCUAAUCAGGUAUCGGGUAUUCUUGAAGUACAACUUUGCUGCGAUUAG